AUGGCCAGCCCCGUAGAGCCGCUCACUCCCCGCCCCCAGGCCCCCCUGCCGGCGGCCGGGGACGAGCCCGGAUCCGGCCCCGGCAAACUCCGCCCGGAGCCCUGGCGCGGCGCUGCCGGCGGGGGGAGCGCGGUGGGCCCGGGUCCGGCCCACGAGCUGCCUGGCCGAGGCCGGGCCGAGCGCGCCGCGCCCCCGCGCCCGCCCCACUCCUCCGCAGGCCGCGCCAGCCCCGCGGGGGGCCCGGGCGCCCUGUGCGCGCGCGGCAGCGGCGGCUGGGGCUCGGCCCGCGCUCCCUUCGCGCUCGCCCUCUCCUCCCCUGUCCCCUCCUCCUCUCCAUCUUCCUUUUACUUCUGGCCGCCGCCCCCCCCGCCCCCUCCUUCCCUUCCCCCCUCCUCAUCUGCCUUUCACCUCCCCGUGCGUCUCCCGGGAGGGGAGGGCGCAGCGGCGGCGGCGGCGGCUCGAGGAGGCGGUGGCGAGGCCGGCGGCGGCGGCGGCGGCGGAGGAGGACCCGAGGCAGCUCCCUUGAGCGCCCCUCCCAGCAGUAGUCCCCGCGGCGGCGGCGGCGGCGGCGGGCGGCGGCGGCUCUUCCUCUGCUCUGCGCUCCAGGCUUUGCUGCUCCCAGCCCGCGCCGGAUUCCGGCUCCCGCUCGGCCCGGCCGCCCGCCGCGCGGGCUCCCCCGGCUUCCCGGGCGCCGGCGGGGGCUGCCCCGGCCCCAGCCCAGGCGGCGGCGGCCGAAAUCCGCGGCGGCCCCAAGGCGCCGGCUUCGCCCUCGCCGCCGCGUCCUCCCUGCUCUUCGGCUCCGACAUGGAAGAUGGACCUUCUAAUAAUGCGAGCUGCUUCCGAAGGUUGACGGAGUGUUUCCUGAGCCCCAGUUUGACAGAUGAAAAAGUGAAGGCAUAUCUUUCUCUUCAUCCCCAGGUGUUAGACGAAUUUGUAUCUGAAAGUGUUAGUGCAGAGACUGUAGAAAAAUGGCUGAAGAGGAAAAACAACAAACCAGAAGAUGAAUCGGCUCCUAAGGAAGUCAGCAGGUACCAAGACACGAAUAUGCAGGGCGUUGUGUAUGAACUAAACAGCUACAUAGAACAACGGUUGGAUACAGGAGGAGACAACCAGCUACUCCUCUAUGAAUUGAGUAGCAUCAUUAAAAUAGCCACAAAAGCUGAUGGAUUUGCACUGUAUUUCCUUGGAGAGUGCAAUAAUAGUCUGUGCGUGUUCACUCCACCUGGAAUCAAGGAAGGAAAACCCCGGCUCAUCCCUGCUGGGCCCAUUGCCCAGGGCACCACCAUCUCUGCCUACGUGGCCAAGUCCAGAAAAACGUUGCUAGUGGAAGACAUCCUUGGGGAUGAACGAUUUCCAAGAGGUACUGGACUGGAGUCAGGGACUCGCAUCCAGUCUGUUCUUUGUUUACCAAUUGUCACUGCAAUUGGUGACUUGAUUGGUAUCCUCGAGCUGUAUCGGCACUGGGGCAAAGAAGCCUUCUGUAUGAGUCAUCAGGAGGUUGCAACAGCAAAUCUUGCCUGGGCUUCAGUAGCAAUACAUCAGGUGCAGGUAUGCAGAGGCCUUGCUAAACAGACUGAAUUGAAUGACUUCCUACUUGAUGUAUCAAAGACAUAUUUUGAUAACAUAGUCGCAAUAGACUCUCUACUUGAACACAUAAUGAUAUAUGCAAAAAAUCUGGUGAAUGCCGAUCGUUGUGCACUUUUCCAGGUAGACCAUAAGAACAAGGAGUUAUAUUCAGACCUUUUUGAUAUUGGAGAGGAAAAGGAAGGAAAACCUAUCUUCAAGAAGACCAAAGAAAUAAGAUUUUCAAUUGAGAAAGGAAUUGCUGGUCAGGUAGCAAGAACAGGGGAAGUCCUGAACAUUCCAGAUGCCUAUGCAGACCCACGCUUUAACAGGGAAGUGGACUUGUACACAGGCUACACCACCCGGAAUAUCCUGUGCAUGCCCAUCGUGAGCCGGGGAAGCGUGAUCGGUGUGGUGCAGAUGGUGAACAAAAUAAGCGGCAGUGCCUUCUCGAAAACGGACGAAAACAACUUCAAGAUGUUUGCCGUCUUCUGUGCUUUAGCCUUACACUGUGCCAAUAUGUAUCACAGAAUCCGUCAUUCCGAGUGCAUUUACCGGGUGACUAUGGAGAAGCUGUCCUACCAUAGCAUUUGUACGGCGGAGGAGUGGCAGGGCCUCAUGCGCUUCAACCUCCCCGUGCGCCUCUGCAAAGAAAUUGAACUAUUCCACUUUGACAUUGGGCCUUUUGAAAACAUGUGGCCUGGAAUUUUUGUCUACAUGGUCCAUCGGUCCUGUGGGACAUCCUGCUUUGAGCUUGAAAAGUUGUGUCGUUUUAUUAUGUCUGUGAAGAAAAACUAUCGGCGGGUUCCUUAUCACAACUGGAAGCACGCCGUCACUGUGGCUCACUGCAUGUACGCCAUUCUCCAGAACAACCACGGGCUCUUCACCGACCUUGAGCGCAAAGGACUGCUAAUCGCGUGUCUGUGCCAUGACCUGGACCACAGGGGUUUCAGUAACAGCUACCUGCAGAAAUUCGACCACCCUCUGGCAGCCCUCUAUUCCACUUCCACCAUGGAGCAGCAUCACUUCUCCCAGACAGUGUCCAUCCUCCAGUUGGAAGGGCACAAUAUCUUCUCCACCCUGAGCUCCAGUGAAUAUGAACAGGUGCUCGAGAUCAUCCGCAAAGCUAUCAUUGCCACAGACCUUGCUUUGUACUUUGGAAACAGAAAACAGUUGGAGGAGAUGUACCAGACCGGAUCGCUAAACCUUAAUAAUCAAUCACAUAGAGAUCGUGUCAUUGGUUUGAUGAUGACUGCCUGUGAUCUUUGUUCUGUAACAAAACUAUGGCCGGUUACAAAAUUGACAGCAAAUGAUAUAUAUGCAGAGUUCUGGGCUGAGGGCGAUGAGAUGAAAAAGUUGGGAAUACAACCUAUUCCCAUGAUGGACAGAGACAAGAAGGACGAGGUCCCACAAGGCCAGCUGGGGUUCUACAACGCUGUGGCUAUCCCCUGCUACACCACCCUCACCCAGAUCUUCCCGCCCACAGAGCCUCUCCUCAAAGCAUGCAGGAAUAACCUCAGCCAGUGGGAGAAGGUGAUCCGAGGGGAGGAGAGUGCGGUAUGGAUCUCGGCCCAGCCAGGGGCCCACGGGCCCUCAGAGAAGUUGCCCGUGAAGAUCGAAGACUGACGGCCACUUGAUGAGCUGCCCCACCUUGACAUGCUCGUCCUGCUUGUUUGACUUCUCUUCCCUUUAUUUUCACGGGGGAACCUACACCUGGUAGCUAGGACACAAGCCUCUCAAAGAAGGUAACAUCAAGGAAACACGUCAAGCCGAUGGCUCCCCAUCAGUCUCCUCUGUGACGCGUCAGAGACAGUGAUCAACCAGGACCACCCCGUGACCAGAAAUCAGCCGUCCGAGGGACUCCAUUUGUCUUGUGAACUGGCCUUUUCUAACAGGCGCACGUUCCUGAGGCCUUCGUGGGAACGGACAAGAAUUAUUCAGAAGGGGGUACUUUUCCAUUGUAUCUUUCUAGUGAGGGGUUAAAAUGGUACUAUUAUGAUGUUGUACUUUGGCUUUAACACCAAUGUUGCUUUGAUGUUGUUGGUUAUAAAUAGGAAUUUUUACACAUUAGUAUUGUGAAUGUUCGUGUGUGACCUACUCGUAAUUAGCGUGAAUUGUAGCAGACAGCCUCAGGACGAGUGUCAUUGAGGUGACAGUAAGAAGUGUCUUUCUGCAAUCAGUGAUGGAAAACAGAUUCUUGUCUCAGAGCCUCAUGAAUUAAAAAUUAGGUGGAUGAAAAGUGUAUUCUCUAAGUUUAUACUAAAGGGCUUGGGUGGAUAGAUCUAACACUAAAGGAGGUAGACUUUCUAUCCUCUUGAGAAGAGAUGCAGAUAUACAUCAGAAUAAAUCUCAAAAUUCCAAGUAUCAAUUCAAAAAAUGUCAAAGAAUAUUUUUUAUUUUUUUCUUCAUUGUAGGCAAAUUUUCUAAACACUUUGCAUAAAGAACGAACAAAAGCAAGGCAUAUGAAUUUUUCUUAACAGACAGGUCUUAUGGGAUGUCAAAUGUGAAUUUUCAUAGUGAUUUCUUUAUAUUUUCACUUGGUGUCAUUGCAAAAUUUUAGACGCACCUUCAAAAUGAGAGGUUUAUUCUACAGAUUAUUUAAUUAAAAUACCAUACAUUUCUCUCAAAAUCAAAUUAAACCAUAAAAUUUAAGUCUUGUGUAAUUUUACUUUGCUCUGCUGCACCCAUCCCCCAAUUUGCCCCCUGCUUUGUGCUCCUCGGUCACAUUUCCUAAGCACGACAGGAAGUAGGAGAGCGCAGCGCGAGUGCAUCGCAGUGCAUUCCUGUUCUCUCUCCUCUGCUCCAGUAUCAAGCAUCUACAUCCAGACCUGUAGUCUGAACAGUCUUCUGUAUAAUUUUUAGUACACCAAUACUACUUUACAAUAUAAGUGUUGUGAAAAAAUACACAAAAGUAGUAGUCUGGACCCUUUCCUACAAGGAUUAUAAGCCAGUCAUUUCUGGUGCACAUUAGAGCUGUUGAGAUUUUUAGCACAAUGGCAAGGUCACCUCCAGAGCCGUGGUUAGUCCUGACCUGAAGGAAUGAGAGAACUAGAGUCUCAAGAAGUGAUCAGCAGAUCCAUCACAGACAGCUUAUCUGCUAUUCACUUGGCAGGAAACUGGAAUAUUAUUUCCCUGUGGGCUUCUGAAAGUUGCCAUCUUCCCUCCCUGGCACUCCAUUUGCUAUUGUAAUUAUACGAUAUGAGGUAAAAUGAAAUAUCCAGAGAGAAAUACCACUGUGGCUAGACAUACAUGGUACAAAAGUACAUAUGUAUAAGGGAUAGAGAUGCAAACACACCUAUAGAAAGUAAAAAUCGGCCUCAUUCUUCAAAACCUGCUUUUUUGUGUGUUGGAAAAUGUGAGCAGAAAAUGUCCUUUUUCAUGUUAGUGCAUUUAUAGAAUUGAAUUCUAAAAUGUUGCAUGUUUUUCUGCACUCAGAUUUAUGAAACUGGCCCACCGAAUCGAACUUCAAUUCCAAGAGUUAGUAGUCGUGUAGUGGAACUCCACUGAAUUCCAAACCCCCGCAAGGGGGUUGGGAGGAGAUACCACUGGAGAUUGUUUAAUUAAAAGGAUCCUAAAAGGAUGCAUGAAUUUUGCUUUUUGAUACAGAAAAGAGUCCUGAAGGGAGGGAAUCUUAUGGCUAUUUUUGCUUUUUAAGAUUGUCUUUCUAAAAUUACUACAGAAAAUUCUCUUAUUUCGAUAGAGCCAGAUUUCUUAUAUUAUUGACAUUCUACUUUGAACAGUUUUCCAAAGAACCGUACAUGGGUUUAUUGGUUAGUUGAUUUCUCUUGAAAUAUUGUCAUAAUCAAAGCAAAGUUUGAACAAAGGAAGGACUGUAUUCUAACGUGAACUGUUAAUAUUCUUAAGAUCUACUUAGGAAUCAUACAUUUACCUAAAAUGGGCCCAAGAUGCAGGGAUAUUUAGUCAAUAAUCUGCUUUGGGAAAAAAUGCCGUUAGGAGUAUUUUUAUAUUGGGGCAGAUAUACUUAGCAGACAAACUUUUGAGCUCUGUUCUCAUCUUUCUCCCACAUCUUUUCUUGAAAGGGCAGAUGGUUUUUAUUACCAAAAGUUUUAACGAGUUUCUCAUUAAGGCAGUAUUUUAUAUUGGGCCAAAAUUUCCCUGUUCAGUAUAAAUUUGGUAGCCAGAUGUGAGUAUAUGUAGAAUGAUUGAUUUGUGGAAGUUUUUAUUGGUUGUGCUGAUUUAUAAUGGACAAAGUUUUAUUGUCAAAGGCAGUUAUUCCAUUAUCUUCCCAGAGACAGUGAAUAUAUUUUUUAACUAGAAAUUUUCUUGGAAAUGCAUGCCAACAACAUGAAAUAUUGAAUUUAGGCAGUGGAAUAAAACUCUAAAAAUUGCAAGCAUCUUAUAAAUUAAUAAUUGACUUUGAUUUAAUUAGGAGAACUUAAAUGGAUGUGGAAAGUAAUUCUCAAAAACGGCCCUGUUCCUGGGGCAGGAUUGAGACCCACUCCCCAGCUCUCAUUAUCUCUACGGGGCUCAUCAGAAACUGGUCAUGGAAGAGAGACCAAGUGGAAUUACUUAGCAUAGCCGUCUUCGUCCUGGACCCUUCCUCAGUGGGAAGGCAUCUGUGCAGAUGAUACGGUACCACUGGAGGUGACUUGUUCUCACAGCGACACAGAGGGAACUACUUUGAAACUGGAUUUGUUCAGUGUAGGUUUCCUCUUCUUAGCAUGCUUUUUAGAUAGCUUUAGAUUUUUUUUUAGUUUUAUACAGUCAGUCUCAGUGACUUUGCUUUAUUGGUAUGUUCAGGCACACUAGAUAUGUUUGUACAUGAUACACAUAGAUGCAUAAAUCCUUAGCUACCUGGAUUUUUUAAUAGACUUAGUUUGGAUAUUAUGUUUCUGGUCUUUUAUCUCAAAAUUAAGGUUUGAGCUUUAAUCGGACUAAAUUAUUCACCAUGACUUGGCCUGUGCCUUUAUUUUAAAUACUGUAAUUUUACUUCUUUGUUCCUAUAUUUAUUACUUUGCCUUUCUUGCUUAACUAGAAUUAAAAACAUUUAAAGGGACAUGUCCAUGGUUAAUUGGAUCAAAUUGAAAGGAUAGGACCAUUCUCCCUCAUCAGACUUCUAUCCUUUAUCUGAUGUCAUUCGCACAUACCCUGAUGACUACAACCAGUGAACUGUGCAGAUGCAGGCUUUUUUGCAAGAACUUCCAAGAACUGUGACACAGUUAUGGUGGGUAUGAUUUUGUUGGGUUUCAGGUACAUAUGCAUGAUUUAGAUUUUGAAAAUCACUUCUAACCUUUAUUUCAGACAUGUGUUUGCUUUCUACACUUUACUGAUUUUAUUUAGGGUUUAAUUCUUUAAAGACUUAUUUAGUCACAUUAAUGUAUCCCUUUUAUUGCCUGACUUUAGAAUCUCUGUAAAAUGUAAAUUAACCAAGUAUGCUGUCGGUUGUUGUCCCCCCUCCCCCUCCCCUGCUUGUCAGCAGCGCAUGGCUGUUCUGUUUUACCUUUGCACAAGUAUGUAUCCUGAUACACAUUCUGCCCAUUCCUUUAAGCACUUAAUCUUACGUUUAAAUUAGUGAUUCCCAAUUGCAGUACUAUAUAUACCCUUUCUGUUUUUUGUCUUUUUUUUUUUGUACUGGAUGUUUUGGUUGUCUGAAGCAUUAGAUGCAUUUCUGUGAUGGUAAAAAUAGCAAAAAGGAGAGAAGUUUCAGUGAUGUUCUGGUUCUAAAUUAAAGGGGUGGGAUGAAGAGAAAGACAUUAAUGUUUCUCAAGAAACAAUACUUCAAAUUCAAAGAAACAUUACUGUCUUCACUCACGUGCUAAGUUCCCCCCCCUCGACCCCACAGUGGACAGCAGUACCGUUUGCCUCCUGCAUAGUCGGACCUCGCUUUACAGCGAGUAUGAGCAAUUGGUAACUGAACGUGUGCAGACCCAAGUGUGCCUCUGGUGGCGGGGGGUGCGUGGGUCAGUGUCGUCCAAGGACCCGACCUGCAAGUUAAGAUCUGAAUCCAGUGUGUCAAGUAGAGAAGUCAGUUUACACAUGUCAAGUGUCAGCUGAUAAUUUUGAGGUACUAUGUAUUUGCAGAAGUAUAAAUGGAAAGUUUUUAUUCCUACUGCAAAUGAAGGUUGCAAAGUGUAUCAUCUGAUCCUCCAGCUCACCUGGAAUACUGUUAGACCAUGGGUGUUGCAGCUUUUGUUUUUCCUUUAGCCACUUGAAUAAUACCCAGUCCUGGGCCAUCUCUCCAACACCCAAUGUAAAUGCCAUAAAGGAGUAUUAUUUCCCAUAGAUCUAUUGUAUGAUGUAUGCUCUAUGCAUGCCUUUGGUGUGCACAUUGAAAGUUCAACAGAUUGAUCUGGAGAAGGUAUUUCUAUACAAUGCCCCGACCUAUUCACCAGACCCAACCCAGUGACCCAUGUGAAAAAAUGUGCUUGCCCAAACACUGUGAAAGUUACCAAAAUUUAUAGAUAUGUAGCAUCUUGAAUCUUUCUGAAAAGAAAAGGUGGCUUUCUUUACAAGUCCAUAGGAACAAAAGAGAUCCUAUAUCCCUACCUAGUUAAGAUACCCACAAGUUUGCUGGCGGUGAUCUUGCUGACCCCAUACUGCCAAGGUGUAAGAUGGGUUAUAAGCUGUCCAAAAUACAAUGCACUUAAUAGACCAAUUUGCAGAGUUGAUGGAUCUGUGUCUAAAGUUUUAGUUGGCUCUCUUUUGGAAGGAGAAAGAAUUUCAAGUAAAUAAUAUCUGACUUUAUUAUAGUUGAUGAGUUAGCAAACUUAAAACAAUUAUUUUAUAUGUAUGACAUAUAAAAAUCUUUGUAAAAUGCACAAGUGCAAUAAUUUAAAGAGGUCUUAACUUUGCAUUUAUAAAUUAUAAAUACUGUACAUGUGUGUAAUUUUUCAUGUAUUCAUUUGCAGUCUUUGUAUUUAAAAGAAACCUUUACCAUUAUGUUUGUAUAAUAGAACAGUAAUCAUUUAUUAUAACCGAGGCAACUUGUAAAUAAAUUCAUAAUUCCAACUGCCAGUAUAUAUGCAUAUAUGGAUGUUACACUGCAAAAUCUAGCUUUGUUUUACUUACACGCUUAGGGCAGCAAGGAAUUUUUUGUCGAUAUGUAACUAUACAUACAAAGUAUAUAUAUAUGUAUGAUACAUGAAAUAUAUGUAGAGAUGUUCAUAAUUUUAAUGGAUAUCCUUUGGUGUGAAUAAUUGAAUACAGAGUUU